AACACUUCUGAGUUCUGAAUGUGAAAGUGCUUCUAUGUUUAUUGAAGUCAGUCGAUUUUGAUCCAGGGAUAUUGAUGUUAAACCAUACGGCCAAGGCUCAGAGAUAGAUAACCUCAUUCACCCACUGCCAAACAAACAUGACGGACAUAGAAUUUGACGAUGAGGGAUGGUCCGCCAUUCACCACUGUGUGGCAGCAGAGAAAGAGCUUUUAAUGUCGAUAGAAAAGUUUGUAACGAGCAACGAAGAGUUUCUUGAAUGCGAGACAAAAGAUCGGUUUCAUCGGACACCACUUCUGCUUGCUGUGGCAAAAGAUAAAACAAAAAGUGUUGAAAAACUACUAGAGUUAGGGGCUCGCAUCACGGCACUGGACGCAUACAACCAUGGGGUUGUAGAAAUAUGUGCCAUGACUGACAAUCUAGAAAUGCUGAGUCACUUUAUUGAAAUGAAUAAUCCCGAGCUCGCUGUUUGGAAGCGACUCAUCAAGUUUUUGUCAGCGGACACAGACGAAGAAUCUGAAAAGGCAGCUAUUAUACUGGAUAAAAUCACCAAAGAGCAAGAUGGAGAAGUUGUGAAUGAGAAAACUUAUUGGGAACCUUUUGUUCAAGCCUCUGGCGUGUCUGCUGUUAUAAAAGUGUGCAAGUCCGCUGCAGGAGACACUGUUAAAGUUCGCAACCUGCACAUUCUGAACAACAUUAUUCAUCACCCUGUGGUGCCAGGAAUUCUGGCCAAAGCUGGCGGUAUCAAAAUCCUAAUUUCACUGGUCACGAAAAACUUGAAAGGGGCCUCUGUUCCAGUGCUUAACAUUAUAAAAGAAGUCUUGUUUUCCAACCCAGAAAUGGCAGGACAAGUUUGUGACGCAGGGUUUCUACCAAUUGCAGUAAAACUAAUGAGCAGCCCUGAAAAGCUGGCCGUAGAAUCUGUUGCAAACGUGGUUGAAUCAGUUGGAGCAAUUGCAUCAUCAUCACCAGCAAUGCAGAAGACCGUUGGAAUGACUUCCCUCAUCUUUAAAUCCCUUCUUGGUCUCUUUCAAGUACAGGAGCUGCAAACUUCCGUGAGGUUGCUGUCAGCGCUUACAAACACCACCAGGAAACUUGUAUCAGGAAAUAAGGAAAACCAGACUGAAUGUAUUGACUGUGAAGGGGCUGCACCACUUAUAAUGGUUUCAAGGGCAAAUAAAUACAGAGACCUGCAGACUAGUGCUAUUAGGGCACUUUAUGAGUUAUCAUUAGAUAACAUCUACGCGUCCAACAACAUAUUAGAGGAAGGGGCAGUUUUGCCAUUAAUGCAAAUACUAAAGAAAAGUCGUGCUUUAUCUUUGCAAGAAGCUAUUUCUCUUACACUGUGGUCGUUGGCUGGUCCGGAUAUUAACAAUAAAAGAUCAAUGGCAUCUAUGAUGGGUGUAAAUCUUCUAAUUGAGUUUCUUGGAGCUGCUGGUCCAAGUGCAGAGAAUCUUAACUACAUUGGUGCAGAAGGAUUAGGCGUACUUGCCCAGGGGGCUCAUAACAAACAGAUGGCAAUUGCCGAAGCAAAUGGAAUACAACCCCUAGUGAGACAACUUAGAUCCGCAAGCACUAAUGUUGUAACAUCUGUUAUACAAACCUUACGACACCUGUGUAUUGGAAUAGGUUAUGUAACCAACACGGCAAACCAAACUACAAUUGCUCAAUCUCGUGGCCUUAAAUUCCUUGUAGCUUUAAUGGCGCACUCUAAAGCUGAGAUGAUACAAGUUGAAGCAGCUCUUACACUUGCUGCCAUUGCACUUGGCCACAGUGAAAACAUAGCAAGCCUAGAAGAAAAUCCUGAUUUUACCUUUCUACACAUUAUAAGGCUCUUGUAUUCCAACAAUGAUAAAGUUGGCAUCCUGGCAGGCACAGCGCUUGCUACAUUUUCAUUCAACAAUGUUUUACAACAGAAAGCCAUAGCAGAGUGUGGGGGCGUAAGAUGGCAUAACUUUGCUCCACACUUAACCAGCAAGGAUGACAUUGCUGCAAUUAAUGCAGCUUUUCAGGCUGUUGUUCUGUCUCGUAUAAUACCUGAUGAGGAACCAGCUGUGUCAUCAGCCGAAGGGAUUAAAGAACUUGUUAAUCGACUCGAACACACCAAGAAAGAUCAUUCAAAAGCUUUAGCUGCAGAUUGCAUAGCCAGGCUGUCGCAUACCAGAGCAGGUGUUCCUUCUGCUAUGGUCUCAAUCAAUGUGAUUCCACAUUUGUGUAAACUACUGGAACCACAAAAUGAUCAGGUCCGUGGUGCAGUAGCUGUCGCGCUCGGUUACCUUAGCUUUGACCACAAGGGGGAGAGAGAGAUCUUGAGAAUGUGCCGAGAAAAUCCUCACUUUAUUCAUGUCCUCAAAUAUUACACAAAGAACUACAAACUGUCGCCUGCAUUUCUUGAGGCUUGGCAACAUUGUGUACAUGUUGGCUUGCCCUGUACUAUGUCAAAAGAGAAUCAGAACGAUUUCAUUCAAACUUUAAGCCAGAGUUUCACUGGAGCUUUUAUGAAACCACCUAAAGAUCUCUCCCCAUCUAUUCUCACUCUUACUGAAGAUGCUGGGGGCUCCAGGUCACACAGUCAUCAUCAAAGUUCUCGUGCGUCACAACUGUUAGCGACAAUCCACGAUGACAUGUCGCAACUUCAUGGUCGGUCAACUCACUCGUCACGCUUCACUCGACAUUCACACUUGACUGCAUCUGUGCAACAGCACCACCCAGGGAGCAAAAAGAGCUUUUCCCCGCUGUCGCAAGAUGUAGGUCCGAGUAUUAGUCAACAGUCACAGUUGCCACGAAUUACAUCUGGGCAAAGUUAGACAUUAAACUAGUUAAUUGGGGUAAAACACUUUUGAGAAAUCAAAAUCAAGAGUUCCUUAGUGUUUUACGGUAAGGGGGCUUGUACAGAAAAGUUUUGUUAUGUUUUGACACAAAAGUAUUUCUCUUCUCAUUGUUUUUUAAAUAACAUGAUCUUCACUAUCGUUUUCGAAAAGAUAAAUAAAAAUACUGUUGUGUUUGGUAAGUAUGGAAAUACUUCCAUAAAGCCAUGAGGCAUUAUCUUGUCCUUUACUUUAUUUCACUGUGUAGAUUAGAAUCACAUUUAUCACCAUUUUUGACAUUGCCAAAAUGUUUUGUGUAUAUACUCAUACCAUUUUCUAGUUAUGUCUUCUUUGUUGUAUUAAAAGUGUAGAAAAAUAAAAUUAAAAGUUCUUCAACAUUU